AUGAGUGAGUAUGGUCCAUUAGGUAUUACCAACUUUAUUACUCCGUAUGACCUGUGCAUAUUAGUCCUAAUACAUGUUCACAGUUCGCAAGAUAACGGUAUAGCGGUACCGACAGAAGUAUUUCUUCGAUUAAUAUCCCCCACGAGGCCUUCGAUAGAAUGGAACCCCCUGCUCAAGGAUAAUAGCAAUUUACGACCUUCAUCUGUUGUUCCACCUCCUAUACUUCCUAUACUGGAAAACGUAAUAAGGAUGCUAUUAGAUGACAGAGAUGGUAACAAAAUAGCUCUGACAUUAAUGGGUUAUUUAGAGGCAAUUAAUGGGCUGGAUUCAAUAAACAGAUUGAUGAUGGAUUUAGAAAAGAAUUGUUUGGUUAAUAACUACAGGUCGAUGAAAGUGCGCACAACAUCAACUAGGAGACAAAUGACAAGAGCAAGUUUCUUGGGAACGUUUUUGUCAACUUGUAUACGCAAGUAUCAAUUUGGUGAUUUUGAAAUGAGGGAGACGAUCUGGAUAAACCUACAAAAUUUCAAAACUGCAUUUAAGCAAACUCCACUAUGGCAACAGUUCAAAGAUAACAUUCAUAUUCAAAAAGUAAAAAACUGUCUUCUUGCUAACGAUGAGAUCUCGGUGGAGGAUCAACAGAUGGUGGAAUUUUUCCAAAACUUUGAUGAUUGUAACGACGGUAAUUCGAAAACAAUGAACGAAGAAAUUAAUGGGACAUUGAUUUCCAUCCAGCAUUUACAAUCAAUAGUUAACCGCCAAAUUGUGGAUUGGUUAAAUACUACAGAAUUUAAUUCGAACGGCCGCAAAGAAGGGGACAUCACAUCAUAUGAAGAACAACGCCAACUAGUUUUUGACAUGUUAGAUACGCUUUCAUUGAACGAUGCCACAAAGUUUCCUUUGAUUUUUAUAUUAAAGUAUCUGGAAGCUAUUAAGGAAAACAGUUAUCAAAUCGCGCUAGAUUCACUACACAAUUAUUUUGAUUACAAGUCUACAGGUAAUUCUCAAAAUUACUUCCAUAUAUCUUUGUUGUCCCUUGCAACUUUCCACUCAAGUUUUAAUGAGUGUGAUGCAGCAAUAAAUUCUUUUGAGGAAGCCACGAGAAUCGCAAGGGAAAAUAAAGAUAUGGAAACGUUGAAUUUGAUCAUGAUCUGGAUAAUAAAUUUUAUAGAGGUACACCCGGAGUAUGCCAAUAGAUUCUACAUUACAGUGGAACAGAUUAUAAAAUAUCUGAAAAAUAGUUCAGACGUGGAAGAUGCCAAUAUAUUCAGUAGCGCUUACAAGUUUGAAACAUUGUUAUCUAUGGUGAAAGAAUCCAAAACUGCUGAUGUUUCUAGCUCACUUCUGAAAUUUAUGGCUAUCACUUUGCAGAAUGUGCCUUCUCAAAACUUCGAUCUCUUCCAAAGUCUUGUUGAUUAUGAAAUGAAAUUUUGGAAAGAACAGGGAUAUGAAUCCAUAUCCGGUGUAUAUGAGAAAUUCAUAUCUCAAACAUCCUCUUCUUCGCUGAGAAAUCACGACUCUUCUGUCAUCAAUCGAGAUAUAAAAGCAGCUUUUAAGGCACUUGAAGAAGAUGAUUUUUCAAAAGUCAAACAAUAUCUUUUGAAAUCAGAGUCACUGAAACUAGACUACGCCCAGCAAAUAAAUUUUAAAUAUUUAAGAGUGAAAUACUUGAUCAGGACAGGUGAUUAUGACCUGAGUAUGCGACUAAUUAACCAAUAUAUCAAAGAAUGCUGUGAGGAAGUAGCGGAUUCGAACUGGAGAUUCAAAUUUGAAAUUGAAAGUAUCAACGUUUUGCUUCUAUGUAAUGUAGGGAUAAGGGGUUUGCCGAAGAUAAUGCAAUUAAUUGACAAAUACAAAGAGAUAGGAAAUCCUUUGCGAUGUGUGAUAUUGUUGCUUAAGUUGUGUGAGGUUUUGGUUCAGGUAGGGAAGGGAGCGGAAGCAGAGUGCUUGGUGAGCUGUAAUUUAUCCACCAUUCUUGAAUUCCCAUUUAUAAGGAAGAAGACAAAUGAACUCUUAAAGUCCAUUAGCGUUGAGAAGGACACGGAUGUUCAGAUGACUUGA